CUCAGGAAGUGGAGCGGAGGGCCGAGAGAGGCAGCAGCAGGCAGCAGGCAGCAGGCAGGCGCAGUGCGAGGAGCUCUUCUGCUGAAAAGUUGCUUCUUUGUGCUUCUGGGCUCCGUUUUCUGCAGUAACCGGGUGGAGAGCACGGACUGGACCUCAGGAGGCUGGAACGUUCUGAGGGUUUAUAGAGGUGGUGAUUAGAAGAAUAAGCUUUGUCAUAUGUCUUAUAUGAUGGCCAACACGGUUGGCGCUACACCUCUGUGCGCUGAUUUGAAGGCAUUUCUGAGUACACAGAACCUACCAAAAGGUAGUAUUUCCCUUGUAACGCCGUCCAACUACAGUCCUGCCACCAAGAUUACUUUAGGAGCAGUAAAUUCCAAUGUGGGAGCACAGACGAUUAUAAGCACGCCUCAGAGAGUGGCUCAUCCAGGAAGCAUCCUCAUCAGCAGCCCCUUCACACCACACACUACACCUGCUACUAUGGUAACACAAGGACGCCCACCAGAAGGCAACGAAUGGACACCAGGAAACAAGAAAAGGACACAUGACUUUAUAGACUCCUAUUACUCUGAUCGGGAUGGACUGUGUUCGAGUGACUCCUCUUCAAGUAAAAGGAUGAAGAAAACUGAUAAGAAUGGGAAGGGUCUCAGGCACUUUUCUAUGAAGGUGUGUGAGAAGGUGCAGAAGAAAGGCACUACAUCGUACAACGAGGUGGCAGACGAACUGGUGGCCGAGUUUGCCCAUGCCAACCUGAUGCACACAAAUUCACAGGUGUAUGACCAGAAGAACAUCCGCAGACGUGUUUAUGACGCAUUGAAUGUAUUGAUGGCCAUGAACAUUAUCUCUAAAGAGAAGAAGGAGAUUCGCUGGAUCGGUCUGCCCACCAACUCGGCACAGGAAUUUCGCAACCUGGAGUUGGAAAAGCAGAAACGGUUGGAAAGAAUCAGACAAAAAAGAAGCCAGCUGGAGGAGCUUAUACUACAGCAGAUAGCCUUUAAGAACCUGGUGCGGAGGAACCAGGCCAACGAAGCAUCGUCAAAAUCGCCACCUCCACCCGGGUCUGUCAUUCAGCUGCCCUUCAUCAUUCUUAAUACAGACGUACGCACAGUCAUCGACUGCUCCAUCUCCAGUGACAAAUGUGAAUAUCUCUUUAACUUUGACAAUAUGUUCGAGAUUCACGAUGACAUCGAGGUUCUGAAGCGCAUGGGCAUGUCUCUGGGACUGGAGAACGGGAAAUGCACCCAAGAAAACCUCAGUGUUGCCAAAUCUCUUGUGCCUAAAUCCUUGGAGACAUAUGUCACAGGAAUGGCCAGAGGCACCAACAGAACACCUCCCAGCCACACAAGCCACAGUAGCUCUGUACCCUCACAUACUCCAGAAUCUCGGGGCCAGACACCGAGUUCCUUUAAUGAAGAAGAUGAUGAUGACGAAGAUGAGGACGACGAAGACGACGACGAGCCAUCCUCUCCGGAAUGAUCUCAAAGCACCAACUCGUUGGGCUGUCUCCUUGCUCUUCUCUGGGACUGGGCUUCCAACCCACCUUUCGACUGUCUGCCAAGUUACUGGUGGGACGCUACACAGGAAAUAAGCUUCCACUUGCUCACAAUGCGAUUUUCCUUGACUCUCCUUCUACCUGUCUUACUUGCUCUCUGUCACUCAUGCCAAUGGCGACUAGGAGAACUGGUCAAGUUUUGCUCCAGUGGUGCUUUUCUACUCAAAGGUCAGGCAGUAGAAGAGGGAGAACGAGGAUACUAGCAGAAAUUUCACAUUGGCAGGCUUGUGUAGUUUGUCGUACUGCCUCAAAACAUCUUUUCAUAAAAAAAUGUCAAUGUAUUUAUUGCUUUCAUAUUCUAAUAUGAAAUAAUUAUCUUUGUAGUCCAUUGUGUGUGUUGACAAGAGCUAAAGCCCAAAUGUUCUUUUGUUUCUCGCCCCCAACGUGAUGUAAAAAAAAAAAAAAAAAAUCAAUGCAUUGAUUUGUACCUGUUUCUCUGUUUGUUGACUGAAAGGAUCUUGUGUGGUUUUCUCAAAAGGAAAAAUCUUUCAUAUAAGAGUUAUGUUAUUUUUUUCCCUUAACAACUUUGUUGUGCAUUAUCUAGUUUGUGUUAUUGCCAUUUACUGCAAUAGAAUGAGUUGGGGGACAAAAAAAAAUGAAAUAACUGAUGACCAUAUUUUUCUGGGUACAUACGGCUUGAAGAGAUGCAUGCUGGGGAGUGAAGUGAUUUUGUAAAGUGUGCUGUGUAGAGUAGCAUCGUCUGCCAAUGUCUAAUUUUGCUAGAACUUUGUAAAGGAUCUGAAAAGGCCUAUAUCCCACGGACACUGUGACCACCUCAGGUCAGUGUUUUAAACAUGGAGUCUCAUUUGAAAAACCAGCAGAAUAAUGAAUACUACUUGUACUCUGAUGGUUCCUAUUUUUGGUUUGAAAAUGUAACUAUAAUUUUGAUUA